AUGAUUGCGAUGGUGGUGGUGAUGGUGGCGAUUGAUCUUGGUGGCGAUGAUGGUGGUGGCAAUUCCAUAUGUUCCUAUGGUUGUUUGAUCCAAAAUAGCUUCAAUUCUGCUGUUCUCCCCAAUGAUGACAAUGAUUUAGCCACUGUGGAUAUGUUCCCUUGGGUAGUGUCCCUGCAGGAUUCACAGUACACCCAUUUGGCUUUUGGAUGCAUCCUAAAUGAGUUCUGGAUCCUAAGCAUCGCUUCCUGCUUUCAGAACAGGAAGAAGGUUUUGGCAUUGGUCGGUAUCACUGACAUGAAUGCCCGGAGAAGAACCCAGCCAGAGUAUCCCAUCUCUGCCAUUCUCAGGCACGAGGGCUUUAAUUACAUGACCAUGGAGAACAACCUUGCUCUCCUGAAGACCUAUGCGGCCAUAGAGUUCAAUGACCAAGUUCAACCCAUCUGCUUCCCCGGCAGGAAGCUGGCCCCAGGAAUCCUGGAGAACUGCUGGGUGUCAGGAUGGAUCCACACUGCUGCAAAUAGAGAGAAAAUGGAGAUGGGCGUCCUAAGAAAGCUCCCAGUACAGGAAGUGUGGCCCUGCUCCUUAAAGAGACCCUGGGGAACGGCCUGCUACAGCUCCAGGAAAGAGGACAAUGCCUUUGGAUGCUUGGGAGACCCAGGAAACCCAGUGAUGUGCCAAGCAAAGGAGAGCAGCCUGUGGGUUCUAAGCGGCGUCCUGAACAAAGGUGGUGUGAGAUGCGUUGGGCCGUUCCUCUACACCAAGCUCUCUUACUAUGGUGACUGGAUUUCCAAAAGGAUAAUGAGAGAUGGGGUCGAUUCAUGCCCCAUCUUCAGAUGGCAAGAACUGCCGUCCACACCCUCUCCUGUUGUGAGAGCAAAACUGCAGAACAGCAGCUUGGUGAAGGCACCCCAAGCCUUCUCCUUUCCUCCUCCUCCUCAGAGAGAGGACCAAUCAAAGACGCAGAAAGGACAAGCCGGUCUGAAGCUGGCUCCAGUGCAAACAGCCACCUCCUCGACAGGGGAGCAGGCUUUUGGGAGUGCGAAUAUGGAAUCUCAAGAGAAUGAGGUGGAGAGGGCCAGGAAGAUGGGCAUCGAGGAGCCCAUUUACUAUGACUACUACAACGGAGAAGUCAUGCCCAUCUCAGAUCAGGACGGGCUUUGUCAGACCCGGGGAAUGGUCUCUGCCCUCUGCGUGCUGGCUCUUCUCUUUGCUGGCUUCUGA